AUGGCCGUUCACGUGCUAGACAACUACUACCUCUCCAUCACCUUCCUCGUCACUGUCGCUUACCAACUCUUCUUCUUCGCGAUUGCGUUCUCCUUGAAGUUCGACAAGCUAACCGACUUCGCUGGAGGAACGAAUUUCAUUGUGCUUUCCGUACUCACCCUGAGUCUGAGCGAGAACAGAGGCGAUGCGCGCAACAUCGUCGUCUCAGUUUUUAUGAUGGUGUGGGGAGCGCGCCUGAGUGGAUUUCUGCUGUUUAGAAUCUUGAAAACAGGAAAAGACGACCGCUUUGACGACAAGAGAGACAAGUUUUGGUCGUUUCUAGGGUUUUGGGUCUUUCAAAUGUUCUGGGUAUGGACUUGCUCUUUGCCCAUAACUAUACUCAACUCGCCAAACGUGACGCAAUUUGCUCAGCCAGAAUUCGGCACUGGGCGAGACAUUGCCGGCAUCAUACUUUACUCAAUUGGCUUCAUAAUGGAGAGUGUGUCCGACAUCCAAAAAUACCGCUUCAGAAGCGCUCACGGAAACGAUGGCGCGGUGUGCGAUGUUGGUUUCUUCGCUCUUACAAGACAUCCAAACUACUUCGGAGAGAUGAUGAUCCAGUUCGGGAUGUUUACCAUCGCCGUAUCGCCAGCUGCAUACGAUUACGUUUCAGGCGGUGCAUACUCCGCUCUGUACGCCUCGAUUCUAGGGCCAUUUUUCUUGACCUUACUUCUCAUGUUUGUGUCAGGCCUGACCCUACAGGAGCGGCCAGGUGCAAAAAAGCGGUAUGAGAACGGCAAGAACUGGCCAGCCUAUGCACGAUGGCUGAACAGGACGAGCAUCCUGAUUCCGUUUCCGCCGCAGUUGUACGAAAAGAUGCCAGUAUUUCUGAAAAGAACCAUCUUCCUGGAGUUUUCAAUAUAUGUCUUCGACCCAGCAAAGCACACGGACCAGAGCAAGAUCCAAGACAGGAGCGCAGAGGAAGGCCAUGCCGGAAGGCCGAGCGAUGAGGAUAGAUUGAGGUCUUGA